ACUUUAUUACUAAACUUGUUUAUAUUUUUAUCUAUUUCUUGAAGAUUAUUUAAAUAUAUACAUAAAUUAUAAAUUAUGAAUUGUUAACAGUAAUACUUUUAGGGAUAACUUCCAAAACAUCAAUCAAACUCAACCCAAAGUUUAAACCCACCUUUUUCUUUUAUCUUUUCCCAUUCCACUACCUUUCCUUUUCGUAUUUGUUAGGGUUAGGAUGGUUCCUUAACAUCAUUUAUUAAUUUUUUAGUCCCAACUUAAGUUCAGAGGAUGCCUUCUCUUGGCCUCCAAGCUGAGAAAGCUAUGUUGCUUCGAGUAUUAUUAUUUAUUAUUUGAUGUGAUAUUUCUUACUUUGCCAUAUCUUCUCCAAGAAUUGGGACAGAAAGCGGGAAUCUUCCCAUCUUGAAUGCUACGUGAGUGGAGAAAAUCCUUCCUCUUCACUCAAAAAUCAUACCUCCUCCUCCUCCUCCUCCUCUUUAUGCAAGGGAAGAACUCAUUCUCUUGCCUUUCUUCUUUUUCCAUUUUUUUCCCCCUUUUCUCUUUAUUUACUUAUUUUUCCAGUUGUUAAUGGGACAGUCCAAUAGCUUUAUCCAUGCUUGUUCAGCAAAUUCUGGAAAUGAUUCAUCUUGAUCGAAUGGGUGGUCCCGGGAUGUCUCUAUAUAUAAUUCAUUGUUGUUUGGAUUUAAUGUUCAAUAUCAAUGAAUUCACCACCAAUCACCCCCGGUCCGCCUGCGCUGUUUCAAUUCAUGCUUAUCUAGUAAAAAAUGAAGAAUGCUCAUUAGCAGUUAGAUAUGGUCCCAUUUGCGAUAUUCAAAAGCAAAAUCUUAAAUCUCAACUAAGAUAUCUCAUACCACUAACUACUAAGUACUAUAUACCUUAAAUGGGAAUGACAAAUCUGGGAUCAAAUAUCGUAGAUAUUGCUAGAUCAUCUUUUUAUUUUAUUCGCUUAUUCAAAAUCAAAAAGGGGAUUGGAAUUUGGAAGGUCUCCCUUUGUCCCUUAAUCUCUAAUAAGGCCUCUGUUUCCAUUCUAAAGUCUUGGGAUGAUUAGAACGGGUUUUAAGCAAUUGGGGGAUGAAUUGUGUAUGGAAUCUAAGCUACUAUAUCUGAUGAACUGUUAGCUACCAGACAUUAUAUGCAAUAUGUUGCUUCCUACUUGCCAAUCCAGGAAAAAUUAUUUCUGUGAAUGCAACGAGCACAAGACUUUCCUAAAUGCAAGGUACCUGGAUGCUGAGAUUGAUGCAUAAGUCAGUAGCAAGUAACAGUGAAUUUAUGUUGAAUAAAGCUCAAUACUAUUG